CAUCCUCCCUGCCUUCCAGCUUCCCUCAAACCUCGGAUGAGCUGCGGCGGCGGCCGACACGUCCAGCGGCUGAGUGAGUGCUGGGUGGUAUGGACGUGCGGGUUCUCCAGAUGGCUCCGUGAGUGAGGAUGCGACUCCCCAGUUCUAUCUUUGUGUCGGUGUCUCUGUUCACGGCCGAGACCACGGCAGCUCUCUACCUCAGCUCCACGUACCGCUCCGCGGGAGACCAAAUCUGGCAAGGGCUCACCCUCCUCUUCACCCUCGUGCCGUCCGUGCUCGUGCAACUGACCCUCAUCUUCAUCCACCGGGACCUCAGCAGAGACAGACCGCUCAUUCUGCUGCUGCACAUACUGCAGCUCGGACCCAUCGUCAGGUGUCUGGAGGCGUUUUGCAUCUAUGGCAGUGUGGGCCGUGUGGAGGAGCCUUAUGUCAGCAUCACCAGGAAGAAGCAGAUGCCCCGUGGGGGUCAGUCUGAGGAGGUGGAGCGACAGGUUGGGCAGGCGGAGGGGAAACUGUUUACACACCGAGCAGCCUUCGCCCGCACCUCUGUCAUUCAGGCCUUCCUGGGUUCUGCCCCCCAGCUCACCCUGCAGCUCUACAUAUGCGUCUUGCAACAAGGCAUGUCCAUCGGAAGAGGCACACUCAUGGUGAUCUCCCUCUUGUCCAUUGUGUACGGAGCACUGCGCUGCAACAUCCUGGCCAUCAAGAUCAAAUAUGAUGACUAUGAAGUGGAGGUCCGACCCACUGCUUAUCUGUGCAUUUUCCUGUGGCGAAGCUUUGAGAUUGCCACCCGGGUAGUGGUCUUGGUUCUAUUCAGCUCUGUCUUGCAGCUCUGGGUCCUACCUGUGGUUCUGCUAAACUUCCUUGUUUUCUUCCUCUACCCUUGGAUCCUCUUCUGGCAGAGCCACUCCCCAUUCCCUGAGAAUAUUGAAAAAACAUUGACCAGAGUGGGAACCACCAUCGUGCUUUGCCUGCUCACCUUCCUGUACGCUGGCAUCAACAUGUUCUGCUGGUCAGCUGUGCAGGUGAAACUCAAUGACCCAGACCUUAUCAAUAAGUCCCAGAACUGGUAUCGCAUGGCUGUGUAUUACAUGUUGCGUUUUGUGGAGAACGCCUCACUGAUUCUGUUGUGGUACAUCUACAAGACCGACUUCUACAAGUUCAUCUGUGCCCCACUGCUGGUCCUGCAGCUGCUGGUCGCCUACGCCAUCGCCAUCUUCUUCAUGCUGGUCUUCUACCAGUUCUGCCAUCCGUGUCGGAGGCUCUUCUCGUCUAGUAUGACCCAGGGCCUUUGGAAUUGCUCCUCACUUCUCUGCCUGAUGUGCAACUCUACUUCGCCGCAGAACACGCCAAUAGGAAAGACCAUCCUGGAGCCACCGAGCCCUGCCCCGCGCAAGGAGCCAGCCAGUGACCGAGCCCAUGAAACAGGCAGUGACACCACUGACGACAUGCCUAAUGACACGACUUACGACAUGCUCAACGACACAAUGUAUGACAUUCCUAAUGAAAUGGGCAAUAAUACAGAAGGGGGAAUCAAUGGUGACAUUUGCCACAGUGUAUCCUGCGAUGCUUGAAGCAUUACAAUUGUUUGAUGUGCCAUUCAGAGGACUGUACAGAGCAAACAGUAAUCGCACCCCUUGUAACCUUUUAAGUGCCACAUUGAUCCCUCUGUGAAUUGAGUUUACACUUUAAAUCCUUCCAUCGCCAUUUCAUGAAUCCAUUUAAUCUGUUUUUCUACCACCGUCUGUCCCACACGAAGCAAAUGUGUCCUUAACUGUGGAUCU